AUGGGAGCUAUAAUAUCACUUCCGCUGACUUCUGCAGCGUCAUUUGCCGCAUCUUUUUUUGGUUCACUUUCUUCUAGUAUAUUGGUGUCGAGUUUUAAGUCCUUGAGUGGAGGCUCCAGUUCACUGGCAACAAGACUAAUUUAUGCCGCUCUCUUACUAUUCAACUCUUUGUUUUCCUGGAUCUCGAUGUCUGCGAACUAUUCAUUUCCGUGGUUCAAGAAAAGCUGUACUUCGACGGGAGAGUGCGGUUUCUUUACGGUGCACAGGUUAAAUUUCGCAUUGGGUCUUUUGCACCUGAUGCUUUCUUCCGCUCUUGUCAACGUGAGGUCUACAACGGAGAAAAGAGCGGCACUUCAAAACUCUUGGUGGUCGCUGAAGCUGCUUGCUUAUGGUGCGUUGGUGGGGCUGUCAUUUGCGCUUCCUAAUAAGUUCUUCGUCUUCUUCUCGAAGUGGAUUUCGGUGCCCUCCGGAUCUUUGUUUAUUUUGGUGGGCCUAGUCCUUUUAGUUGACUUCGCUCAUGAGUGGGCUGAAAAAUGUAUACAGCAUGUCGAGCUAGAAGAUGAGAACUCUUCUAAAUGGCAGAAGUUUUUGGUAGCUGGAACAAGCAUUAUGUAUGUUGGCGCUAUGGCAAUGACGACAGUAAUGUACGUUUUGUUUUGCCACAACAAUUGCACCAUGAACCAGGUUGCGGCAACAGUGAACUUACUUUUGAGCAUAAUCACAACUGGUCUAUCGAUUCAUCCAAAAGUUCAAGAGUACAACCCAAGAUGCGGUCUAGCGCAAAGCAGUAUGGUUGCAAUUUACGGAACCUACCUGACUAUGAGCGCUUUAGCCUCGGAGCCGGAUGAUAGGCAAUGUAACCCAUUUGUGAGAUCAAGCAAGACACGUAAAUUCAGUGCUGUUUUGGGCUCCCUGUUUACCUUCGUGGCAAUUGCAUACACCACCACGAGAGCAGCUGCCAACUCUGCUUUCAACUCCAACGAACAAUCAAUCUUUCUCGAUGGCGGUGAUGAAGUUGGAUAUGAAGGCGUUUCCCAAAGCAGAAAUCAGCUAAGGUCCGAAGCGAUUAGACAAGCCGUUGAAGAAGGCGCCUUACCUGAAAGUGCUCUUUAUGAUACGGCGUGGGCGGAAACAUCUGAGGGCAAUGGAGUUAGUGGCGAUGAUGAGCGCAUAGCGACAAAAUACAAUUAUUCAUUAUUUCACGUCAUCUUCUUUUUGGCGACGCAAUGGAUUGCGAUACUUUUGACGAUAAACGUUACCAAAGAUGAUGUGGGUGAUUUCAUUCCUGUUGGUAGAACGUAUUUUUAUUCUUGGGUUAAGAUAGUGAGUGCGUGGAUAUGCUACGGUUUGUACGGAUGGACCUUAGUUGCACCUAUGGUCCUACCGGAGAGAUUUGGAUACGAGGAAUUUUAA